AGAUCAGGUGGCGGGUCAGCUGACACCAGCAGAACCAGGAAGCGACCGCAGAGCAUUAUCAUUACACUUUAAUAUUUACUCGCCGCGUGCAGGCGAUCAUUACUGCAUAUCUGGAAUAUUAUUAAAGCUGGCGGCGUGAAGAUCAGUCAGGGGCAUGUUUGCAGCAGACGACGAGGACGGAGACUUUCUGUCUCCCACUGGAGGAGCAAAGUUAGCCUCUCUCUUUGGAUUGGAUCAGGCAACAAGCCAGGGGAAUGAGUCUUUCCAGUACACGGCACCCAAACAGCCCCGCAAGAGCUCUGCCAACUCGGGACCCUCAACCCAAAAGUCUGCACCUCCACCAAACUCUCCUGCUGUUCUCUUUGCUACUGCAGUACAUGCCUACAGAUAUGUUAACGGACAGUAUGUGAAACAAGGCAAGCUUGGAGCUGCGGUCCUUGGAAAUCAUACAACUAAAGAGUACAAGAUCCUGCUGUAUGUCAGUCAACAGAAGCAGGUGACGGCCGCCAGGAUCCACAGCGGCUUCAUCCUCACUGUCCAGCCCAGUAACUACUGCACGUUUUACGAUGACCAGAGACAGAAUUGGUCGCUGAUGUUUGAAUCCGAGAAAGCGGCUACAGACUUUUGUAAAGAGGUUUGUCUUGCCAAAGUGAACUGCAGCGGUGCGUUAGACUCAGUCCUGAUCCAGGAUCUUGUUCUCGGUGAGGGUCAGGCUGUGGAGAACGGAGACUCUUUAGAAGUGGCCUACACUGGCUGGCUACUGCUAAACCACACCAUCGGACAGAUGUUUGACUCAAAUCUGAAUAAAGACAAGCUGCUGAGACUGAAGCUCGGGGCUGGGAAAGUCAUUAAGGGCUGGGAGGAGGGGAUGUUGAAUAUGCGCAAAGGCGGAAAAAGGCUCAUGGUGAUUCCUCCCAGUCUCGCGUACGGGUCGCAGGGCGUUGACAAUCGCGUCCCACCGGACAGCACGCUAGUCUUUGAAGCGGAGAUCCGUCGGGUUAAGUUUGCAAAGGAUGGAAGUUCAAGAGAUUCGGCGGCUCCGUCUCCUGCUCCCAGUGUGGAGAGUCUGGCCCCCACUGAGCUCAACCAGCCCUUCAGCACUGCCCCACCAACCAGCAAACCCAGUGAAGCACCUCUUCGAGCAAAAUCAAACUCCCUCAAUGAACAGGUCAGUAAUCCUGAUGCCACUAAAGCUAAACUGAUCUCACGCAUGGCCAAAAUGGGCCAGCCGAUGCUGCCCUUCAUCACCGGCCCGGCCUCAUCAUCCUCACAGCCAGACUCUAGUGACUCCGAACUUGAGGACGCCAGUGUGUCCAGACUCAAGGAACGUAGCAGUGCACCAUCACCGCAGCCUGUACACAUCUCCUCCGGCCCGCCACCUUCAAUGCAGGCCCUUCUACCUGUUACCAUGGCAACAGCCAAUCCACAGCCCAUGAUGCCGGGAGCCGUACAUGCCUUUCAGCCUGUAAGUCAGAUGUACCCCACACAGACUGUGACUUACCAAGGAACUAGUGAAGUCACGUCCUUCUUGAUGACAGAGGCUCGACAACACAACACUGAAAUCCGAUUGGCUGUUGGGAAAGUGGCAGACAAACUGGACCACUUGUCCUCAAAGAUUAAUGACCUACAAAAGCAAGGCAGUGUUUCGUUGGGCUUAUCAAACGUAUCAAUGGAAACAGCAAUGAUCAUGCACAACAUUCAGAGAAUCAUUCAGGAGAAUGAAUGUCUGAAGAAAGAGGUGUUUGAAAAAAGUUCACGCAUUGAGGAGCAGAACUGCAAGAUCGGCGAACUCAUCAACCAGAACCAGAGGUACGUGGAGCAGAGUAAUCAGCUGAUGGAGCAGAGAAACGACUCUCUGAAGAACAGCAGUGAACAGAGUCAGACCAGAAUACUGCAGGCAGAGCAAAACAAGGUAACUCUGUUAAAGCGUCCAAUCCAACACACACGCAAUAACACCAGAACAGCUCGUUUUCAAAAACCUAGUGAGCUGCCACGCUUUAUGGAAGCCUGCAAAUGACAGAUAAAAACACUUGGUUAAGGCUUGAUAUACUGUCUGAUGUGUGUGUUUGUUUCAGAGCUGAAGGAGACAGCAGACAGAGUGCAGAGUCAAUACAAGAUGGAAAAACAGAAACGAAAGGAACUGGAGCUCAAGUUCAACAACAUGGAGGAAGAGCUACAGGACAUGAAAACAGAGAAAGACAGUCUGGAACGAACUCUCUCUGAGAGGAAGAGGAAGUGGCAGUUGGAGAGACAGCGCUGCGAUGAGGAACUGGAAGAGGUCAGGAGGGCGGGCCAGCAGGAGUUAGACAACCUCAGGAGCCAAUUACGUAAAGCCAGAACGAGCACCGACCAAGCCGCAGCUGAACAGCUGUCUCAGCUGCAGGCUGAUCUGGAGCAGGAGUGGCAGGUGAAGUGUGAUCAGGCUCUGGCAGCGGCACGUGAACAGCAGAGGAGAGAGAUGACUGAACUCUCAGAGCACAGAGACGCACUGCAGCUCAAACUCACACAGCUGCAGGACAAGUUUACUACACUCAAACAGUCCCGUGAAUCAGAGGAACAGCUUUUACUACAGCAGCAGGACCAGAAAGAAGAGCUGCAGGCCUUGAGAGAAAAGUGCUCUGUGCUGGAGCAGCGGGGGGAGAUGCGAGUUUCAGAGCUGGAGAGGAAACUGACGGAGCAGCAGCAGCACACAGACACAGCAGAAGAGGUGAAGCGUGUGAUGAAUGGAGUGUUUCAGUCUCUCAGAGCGGAGUUUGAUCUGAAUGAGACCUACACAGGAAGUGCUGUUCUCCGAGUGCUGGUCAGCACCAUCAAGAAUGUCACACUGCAGCUGCUCACCAAAAAGGUGAGAUCUUCAUCUGAACUCAGUGAAAACGAAGAGGAAGAGGAGGAGAGAGAGACUGACGCUCGGCCUAGACAUGAGAUGCAUAUAAAUGGCCAGAGAGAGCGCGAUUCUGCAGGGCAGGAUGAAGAUGGACAGCAGCAUGUGGAGAAGGAAGAUGUUUCACUAGCGGACGAGAAGAAAGAAGAAACGGAGGAGCUUGAAAGAGUUGAAGACAGGAGUGAACAGGAAGUUGUAGAAGAAAGGAGUGAAGAGAAAGUUGUGGAAGAGAAGGAAGUGGAAGUUACGGAACGCGAUGUGCAAGAUCAGGACAGUGAGAGCGGCACAGAAACUAAAGGCGACGAAGAGACUGAAAGUGACAUCAAAACCAAACAGGAAGUGACCCCAGAGCCGCCUGAGGACAUAAGUCCUACACAGGAAGCCAAGGUAAUUGAUGAGAGUGUCACAGCGCCUUUAGAUGAACCAGAAAGCACACACAUGACAUUAGGUGGACCUCCCAAGACCCCGCCACCACCUCCUCCCGCUCCGCAGGAUACAUCUGCACUGCUCUCCAGUCCUUCUGAGAGGGUAGAAGAGGAAAAUGGAGGGGAACCAUUUUUCCAGAGUUCCACCCCUCCCCAGCCCCCAUCUGCACCCACUGCCUCAGCGGCCGAUGAAGAGGAGGAGGAGCUGAGCCUGAAAGGACGUCCCCCUCCCGCCCCUCUGUUUGGUGAUGAUGACGAUGAUGAUGAUGACCUGGACUGGCUGGGCUGAUGUCAACCUUCUCAAUCGAAGUUGAAAAACCAGUGCCUGACCUCAGACGACUGCCAGCAACAAGGCCAGACGAUCUCUGACGUGAGGAAAUGAUGUUUGUGUCCCGGACCUCAGUGAACACGGGCUUUGAUUAGUGGGUUGGGAUGGUUCUGGAAACAUUUCGGCAUUUUCUGUGAUCAAAGAACAGAGGGUAACGUCCUGCCCAAAACCUUAAAAAGCAUUUGAAUGAACAUCUCUAUGGCAGUAUGGAUCAGCUACUGCUCAUAAACUGAUUUGCUACACAUACAGCAAAAAAAAAAAUCAUCUUUAAAUCUGCAAAUACUGUGAAACGGUUGAUUUAUUUUUUUUUUAUCUUAAUUUAUUAUGUAAUGUUCCCAUCUUUAACACAGGGGUUUCAUGUGUAAUUCAGCCUGCUGUCUCUGUUCUUAAUAUUUCUACAUAGUACUAACAGCAACCAGUUGCAUAUUAAUAAAGAAACGAGACUCA